UAGAAUGAGAAAAAAAGUAGGCAGUGCUUACUGCCAUUUAUAUUUUACUUCACUUUUUUUUCUAUUCUUGAUAUUCAAAAAGAAAAAAAAUAGAUGACAAAGAAAAUGUUGGGAAAUAUCGAACUGUGUUCUCUUUUUUUUCUCUCAAUAUAAAAUGCGGUCUUUUUGUCAAAAAGUCUCUCUCUCUGAUUCUGUCUUGUGGAACGAUUUAGGGAUGCAGGGCGUGAUAGCAAAAUGCCACAGUCCGCCCUAUUGAAAAUACAAAAGACGUCCCAUAGUGAAAUGCAAUUUAUUGUUUAAAAAAAAAAAUGUCCGAUUCCAAGCACCAUUUUCAAUGGAGAUAUGGUUUUUAAAAUACCUCAUGUAGAAUUUAGAUUAAAAAUCAAGAUAAAAGACUUUGAGAAGUUAUUCUUCACUAUUGGUAGCACGAAACGAGGACGUCCAAAAGCGGCAAAAAUGACCAAAAUCGUCUAGAAUGUGAAAAUAAUUUAUUCGGAAGUAUGCGAGUCAUCUAAUUUAAAAGUGUUAUUGCAAAAAAAAAAUCGAAAUAAAUCUGAUCAAUAAAAAUGAUUUAUUUCUUUCUGAUAUUCUCAUUCAUUGCAUUUUUUGCCGAAAUUAUUGCGAUAAAUGUGAUCGUGACAGAAAAAAAUUUGACAAAAGUGACAAUAACAGAACACAAAGUUGUUCCGCUGAAUUAUAAUUUUGUCAACAAUACCCUCGAUAAUAUGGAAAUUAAACUGAAAAUUAAUAAUAAUUCGCUUGUCAAGAUUCGUUUAAAUUCAGUUAAAGGACUAUUCUUUAAUAAAAGAACAAAAAUUUGGAGACUUGUAAAAAAUUCUGUUAAUACUGAUAAAAUGCACUACGUUUUGGAAAAGAAUAUUAUGGAUCAAUUAAAUAUUAAAUUUUACCAUGACACGAAAACUUUAUCAUCGGUUAUAAGUAUUAGGGAUAAAAAUGAAAAAGAAAUGUUUCAAGGUAUCAUUGAUUCCGACAAAAUUUUACAACCAUUAUCAAAUCUUGUAAAAUAUCAAAAGGAUACUUUAUUAUUUAAUUAUGAAACGAAUAAUUCUACAAAUGACAAUCAGCAUAUUGUUUAUAAAUUAAAUUUAUAUAAAUCUUUAGGUAAAAAUAUUACUGAAAAUCAGAGGACAAAAAGUAAUUUAAUCGAUGUGAAAAAUAAAAAUAUUAAACAAGGAAUGAGAAAAUCAAAAUUAGGUUUCCCAGAUAUUGUUUAUCCGGAAAUUUUGAUUAUUUUAGAUAAACAACUUUUUUCUAUUUUUGAAUAUAAUGUCGAAAAGACAUUGUAUUAUGUUUUAUCUUACUGGAAUGCAGUCGAUUUACUAUUUAGGAGAAUGGAUUAUCCUAAAGUUCGUUUAAAUAUUGGUGGAAUUAUUAUAGCGGAGGCAAAAUUACCGUUCAUAGAUAACAAAUUUCUUGCUGACAAAACAUUGAAUGAUUUUUCGCACUUUUUAUUCAAUCAGGAUGAGAUUAAAUUUCGAAAAGAUUAUGAUGCUGCAAUGUUAAUGACUGGAAGUAUAAUUAAAAAUCCAAAUAACAAUAAAAUAAAAGGAAAAGCAUAUGUUGGAGUCGCAUGCUGGGAAAAUGUUUUAAGAAAACAGAUUUUUGCCACUAGUAUCGUCACGCACAAGAAACUUUACAAUUCAAUUAUAUCUACAGUUCACGAAUUAGCUCAUUUAUUUGGAGUUCCUCAUGAUGGAUUUGCAACGGAAUUAUAUUUGGGUGGGCCAGGUGGUAAAGAAUGCUUUUUCGAGGAAGGUUUUAUUAUGAGCCACAAAAGACACAAUAAAAAUCAAUUUCAAUUUUCUAAAUGUAGUAUGAAGUCUAUGUCGUUUUUCUUUAGUCGAAAGAAUGCAGAGUGCCUUCGUAACAAACCAGGAACUACAAAUAAAUUUACAAUUUUAUAAUAGAUUUACAAGUUCAUCAGCAGAUUUAUUAGCAGGCAGUUGAUAUUUUGGUGGAAAUAAUAGUUUUGCAUUGUCAUUUUCGUUAAAUGUUACUUUCACACAUUUUCCUUUCCAACAGAACUGAAAAUUAAAACAAAUAUUCUGUAAAAAAACAAAAAUUCAAUAACUAUUAUAAUUGAUAUUUAUAAA